AUGAUCCUCUGUGGUUGUGGUUUUGAUGGGCACCUGCAGAAAGAAAUAGAUGAGCUGAAGAACAUAUACAGAACAAAAGUAGAACUGCUUCAAGAUAACUUGAAUGAUUUGAAAAAGAAAUCUGAAUGUCAAAUACUACAACUUCAGCAAGAACUCAAUUUGAAGACUAUUGAAUCUGAAAACCAGUUCAAGCAAAUAGCACAACUAAAGACAUACAUUGGUGAAUCAGAAAACAUUCCAAAAUCUGUGGAGAUUCUGAAAACAGAGAACAACACUUUAAAAAAUAAAUUAAAUGUUUGUAUUGCUGAGAAAGAGCAUCUUCAGUCAAAUAUUGAGCUUCUAGAUAUCCGUCUAUCAUCUAUUACUGAAAUUUUGAACUUACAAGAGGCUGAACUAUCACAGGAUAAACAUGGUGACCCAAAUAAAGACAAGCAAGAAAAUGCUCUUCUUAAAAGGUGGAGAGAAAAGGUGUUUGCACUUCUUGUUCAACAGAAAUCUGCCACAGUUGUUUCAAAAAAGGAUGAAAAUAAGUGGAAACAAAAGAUGUCCAAUAUACAGAAUCAUAAGGAAUCAGCUGAAAACCAGAUCCAAAUUCUCUGUCAUUCUCUUUCAGACAAACAGGCACAACUGGAUAUUUCAAACAAUAACAGCAAUAUACUGCAAAGUGAUUUAUUGGCAACCCAACAACAACUGGAUUUACUGAGCCACCAAUCAACAAAGGACCAAAAAAUGAUGUUGGCUUUGAAAAAUUUUACUUUAAGUAUUGGUUCCAAAUUUCAGGAUCACUUUCAGUAUUUUGAAACCAUCAGCAUACAGUUGGCUUCCUUUGGGCAGAGGAUCACUUUUGCUAGCAGUCGUGUGUUACUACUCCAAAAUGUUAUUGCCAAACAGAAAUACCUGUCGAACAUUCACCAGCAAUUGCAGAUAGAAAUCCCCAUUAAAGACAGUACAGAAGAAUCCACUUCACAAUUGUUUGAUGACCCUGUACCAGUGUAUGCAAAGACUGAGCUUGUGCGAUUACAAAAAGAAAGAGAUUUACUAGCUAUGCAAUUGACUGAAAUUGUGCAAGGAGUGGAAGAAAGAAUCCAAACAACAAAAACUGAGUAUAAAAAACAAGAAACUUACCUAAAGAAAGAAUUGCUGGAGACACAAAACUCCCUUCAAGCAGCAUUAGAGAAAUGUGACUCUCUGACACUAGAAUUCCAAGAGAUGCAAAACAAGUUUGAAGAGAAGAAUACUGAGGUGGAAUCUUUAAAGCUGAAUUUGUCUAAGCAAAAGGCAGAAGCAAAACAAAUAUGGGAUGCCUUUAAAGAGGAAGAACACAUCUUUACCUGCAGGCAGCACCAAGAAGCAAUGGAAUUGAUGACUAUGGAGGAGGUAAGGCAGUAA